AUGGUGAAAAAAAACACAGGACACUCACGACAGUCAUCCAUAUCCAAGACAGCUGGUGGCUCCCAGAUAUCCAGCCUCAAAGACCUGAGCCUGCUGGAUGAAUCUGGCCUUGGGCAGGAGGAGAUGCCAGAGCUGCCUCCAGAACCCCCCACACCUGAUGAGGGCCACCUGGGCUUCCCAGACCCUGUCUACAUGCUGGCGGCAGUCAUCUUUCAGAACACUCACCUGGAGAAACCUGCUGCCCACCGGUUGGUCAGUUAUGGCAAGCGGGCGGGGCUGCCCCUGCCUGAGGCCAAGGAUGAGGUGUACCAACGCAGCUCGUAUGAGCUGGCCUUCAACACACUCAAAUGUAAGUGAACAGCAGAGAGGACUGUAGGCUAUGGGGAAAUGAAUACAUAGAAAGGUUUUCUAUCCUUCCUCCUUUAUUCUAUAAUUUCCUCCUUAAUUGAUUCAACACACACUCAUACACACAUACAUCCUCUCAUACAGUAUGCACGUAUGUAUGAUGGGUCCCCAUUCCGCUGCAUAUGAUUGGAAGUGGUUAUCUUGAGCCACUUUGCAAGAGAAAACCAACAAAGGCAACUCAGAAACCCCAAUUUUCAUUAAUUCCAGACACUCUAAAUUGCAAUUUAGACAUAUCUGAUUCCAAGCAAACGAACAGCUAUUUGAAAAUGAGAAUGAAUAGCCUUAUGAACAUUAAUUGACAUGUGGAAUUGAAUCCUGAUAGAUUGAUGGAGGGAAAAGUGAAAGAGAAAAUCCCUUUGAAUGGCCAUGGGGAAUUCAGUGUGAUGUUACAAAUAAAUUGUUCCCAUAUAUAAUCUAUUAAACCAGGGACGGGGGGCAGGUCUGCGGCUGCCAAACACACAGGGUGUGUAAUCACCACUGCGAUAAGGGAGGGAAAGGUUGGAGGACUGUCAGUGCAGGCCACGAGAUGGAAUCGAUUUCUCCUGCUCUCCCCAUGUGAGAGGGGCAUAUAUGCUAUCUGUCCACUGCACGUAGAUUAGGCUAGCUUGUUGAGGUCCUGGCCUACAUUUCCCACAAUUUGGCCAAUCAGACUAACUCAAGCUCCAUUGCUUCCCUGCUGUAACUGUAAAAGUGGUUGUGAGAGCAGAAGUUACAUUUCCUGGCUACCCAGACUCCUUGCUCCGGCCAAACGUUACGCUACACCCACAGACGUUAGUUUCUUCUCCGCAAUGAGUCUGGAUCUGAGUACCUCCCCAACCCUUCAACGAAUGCAAACACAGUUAGGGCCAUCUGAUUGGUCCAGAAACCGAUGGAUUGGGCCAGAGCCAGAACACACGUGUGUAAAGCGGCGAUUAGAAAAUGUCGUCAUUGGCUUUGAUACUCUGAUUGCUUAGAGACGAUCCAAUCGCUGAUGACUUUGUUUUAUACAAUGCCCCUCGUCACUUCAAACGACUUCAAUUAUGGCAGUUUCAGACUAAAGUACACUACAUGACCAAGAGUAUGUGGACACCUGCUCGUCGAACAUCUCAUUCCAAAGUCAUGGGCAUUAAUAUGGAGUUGGUCCCCCCUUUGCUGCUAAAACAGCCUUCUCUCUUCUGGGAAGGCUUUCCACUAGAUGUUGGAACAUUGCUGCGGGGACUUGCUUCCAUUCAGCCACAAGAGCAUUAGUGAGGUCGGGCACUGAUGUUGGGCGAUUAGGCCUUGCUCGCAGUCGGCGUUCCAAUUCAUCCCAAAGGUGUUCGAUGGAGUUGAGGUCAGGGCUCUGUGCAGGCCAGUCAAGUUCUUCCACACCGAUCUCGACAAACCAUUUCUGAAUGGACCUUGCUUUGUGCACUGGGGCAUUGUCAUGCUGAAACAGGAAAAGGGCCUUCCCCAAACUGUCGCCCCAAAGUUGGAAUUACAGAAUCGUCUAGAAUGUCAUUGUAUGCUGUAGCGUUAAGAUUUCCCUUCACUGGACCUAAGGGGCCUAGCCCGAACCAUGAAAAACAGCCCCAGACCAUUAUUCCUCCACCACCAAACUUCACAGUUGGCACUAUGCAUUCGGGCAGGUAGCGUUCUCCUGGCAUCCGCCAAACCUAGAUUCGUCCGUCGGACUGCCAGAUGGUGAAGAGUGAUUCAUCACUCCAGAGAACUGCUCCAGAGUCCAAUGGUGGCAAGCUUUACACCACUCCAGCCGACACUUGGCACUGCUUAUGGUGAUCUUAGGCUUGUGUGCGGCUGCUCGGCCAUAGAAAUCCAUUUCAUGUUGCUUCCAGAGGCAGUUUAGAACUCGGUAGUCAGUGUUGCAACCAAGGACCAAUUAUUUUUACGCGCUUCAGCACUUGGCGGUCCCGUUCUCUGAGCUUGUGUGGCCUACCACUUCGCGGCUGAGCCAUUGUUGCUCCUAGAAGUUUCCACUUCACAAUAACAGCACUUACAGUUGACCAGGGCAGCGCUAGCAGGGCAUACAUUUGACGAACUGACUUGUUGGAAAGGUGGCAUCCUAUGACGGUGCCACGUUGAAAGUCACUGAGCUCUUCAGUAUGGCCAUUCUACUGCCAAUGUUUGUCUAUGGAGAUUGCAUGGCUGUGUGCUCGAUUUUAUAUACCUGUCAGCAACAGGUGUGGCUGCUGAAAUAGCCAAAUCCACUAAUUUGAAGGGGUGUCCACAUACUUUUGUAUAUACAGCUCUGGAAAAAAUUAAGAAACCACUGCAAAAUUAUCAGUUCCUCUGGUUUUACUAUUUAUAGGUAUGUGUUUGGGUAAAAAUUACAUUUUUGUUUUAUUCUAUAAACUACUGACAACAUUUCUCCCAAAUUCCAUUUAUUUGCAGAAAAUGACAACUGGUCAAAAUAACAAAAAAGAUGCAGUGUUGUCAGACCUCGAAUAAUGCAAAUAAAAUAAGUUCAUGUUCAUUUUUAAACAACACAAUACUAAUGUUUUAACUUAUGAAGAGUUCAGAAAUCAAUAUUUGGUGGAAUAACCCUGAUUUUCAAUCACAGCUUUCAUGCGUCUUGGCAUGCUCUCCACCAGUCUUUCACAUUGAUGUUGGGUGACUUUAUGCCACUCCUGACGCAAAAAUUCAAGCAUCUCGUCUUUGUUUGAUGGCUUGUGACCAUCCAUCUUCCUCUUGAUCACAUUCCAGAAGUUUUCAAUGGGGUUCAGGACUGGAGAUUGGGCUGGCCAUGACAGGGUCUUGAUCUGGUGGUCCUCCAUCCACACCUUGAUUGACCUGGCUGUGUGACAUGGCGCAUUGUCCUGCUGGAAAAACCAAUCCUCAGAGUUGGGGAACAAUGUCAGAGCAAAAGGAAGGAAGUUUUCUUCUAGGACAACCUUGUACAUGGCUUGAUUCAUUCGUCCUUCACAAAGACAAAUCUGCCCGAUUCCAGCCUUGCUGAAGCACCCCCAGAUCAUCACCGAUCCUCCACCAAAUUUCACAGUGGGUGCAAGACACUGUGGCUUGUAGGCCUCUCCAGGUCUCCGUCUAACCAUUAGACGACCAGGUGUUGGGCAAAGCUGAAAAUUGGACUCAUCAGAGAAGAUGACCUUACUCCAGUCCUCUACGGUCCAAUCCUUAUGGUCUUUUGCAAACCUCAGCCUGGCUCUUCUUUACUUCUCAUUGAUGAAGGGCUUUUUUCUAGCAUUGCAUGACUUCAGCCCUGCCCCUAGGAGCCUGUUUCGAACCGUCCUCGCCGUGCACUUCACCCCAGCUGCCGUUUGCCAUUCUUUUUGUAGGUCACUUGAUGUCAUCCUACGGUUGUUGAGUGACAUUCGAAUUAGUUGGCGGUCAUCCCGGACAGUAGAGAGUCGUUUUCGCCCUCUGCCGGACUGUAACUUUGUUGUCCCCAAUGUCUGCUGCUUGAACUUGUUCUUAUGAACUGCCGUCAUUGAAAUUUUAAGGAUGGAAGCAAUCUGACGCUCACUGUAUCCCUCUGCCAGUAAAGCCAGAAUUGAACCCUUCUUUUCCUCACUCAAAACUUUCCUUUUCAACUCUUUUGGCAUGGUCAAUAGUUAUUUUUUGAUUAAUAUUACUUUUGAGGUACUAUUAGCACUGUUUUUGCCAUCAAGCUGGUCCUAUUGCAAGAGGAUAGUGAUGACCACAGCAGUGGUUUUUAUACUUUUCCUCGUUAAAUAAGAUUUGGUUCAGGUGAUCACCUAAUCAGUACCUAAUUCAGUAGAAUGAGGUGUGCCUGUGUUGGAAUUCAACAGACACUGGAAUGGAAUGGCUGUCAUACAUGUAGAGAUGCUGAUUUAAGAAAACUGUGCAGGGGUCUCUUCAUUUUUUCCAGAGCUGUAUAGUGUAUGUAGCGAACGUCGUCAGGCUAGAAGUUCAAAGGUCAUACAACAAAAUAGGGCACACCGUGUUAGAUGGAAGGAGUCUGAGGUCCUAUCUUAACUCUAUAUUUAGUAUAGUAUUGCCUAUCUUUAUUCAUUUAUAUGGCUUGGAGUCCCUAUUUCCAGAGAAAAAAUUGAUAAGUAGAUAUUUUCCAAUUUCAAUUUUGUUUAGCGCUCAUUACAAUGACAUAUAAUAAGUUCUAUGUUGUCAGUUCCACCUCAUUCUGAUUCUCCCUGUCUUGCCUACCCUCAUAUCCCUGGAAUGAGUUCAUUUGGAGAGCACCAGUUAGUGGGAUAAUGUUCUGGAGAUAAAAAUGUACAGCAAAUUAAGGGGAUAUUGACUCGCAGAGGCUGACGUUGGGUAGCUUAGUACAAUAAUCACCAGAUGUGUCACAUUUUUCUCCUCCCUAAUUAGAGUCAUUUACAUUUUGACUGUGGCUCACUGUUUAUAAUGGGACGUAACUACAAUGUGUGUGGCAGAAUUCAUUUGCAAAAUAAGGACAUUUUCUGGCUGGUCGAUAGAAUUUCCGUCAUUAUUACAAAAGAUCAAAAGUAGCUCUAAAUCCCAUAAGGACACACAGAGGACAAAGUGUAGUCGAUAUUACAGUCAUGUGGACUUGUGUGUUGGACAGUAAUUUCUGAUGACGUCACCCCACUCAUUCACACAAAGAACUGAAUAGAGCAUAGAGGAGACAGAUGGGUUGAUGUCCAUUGGAUGGAGGUGGUUUAGUUUAGAGUAGGCCUAGUGAUGCUGUAAGAGAUUUCCCCACUGUAAACCUCUAAGUGUGAAACCAAAUGGAAAUGAUUACCAGAGUAUCUAGGAAUAUCUAGAUUACAGUGAUUUAUUUCUGUGUCAUUCCCCCUCCUCCCUCAUUCUGUUCUCUCUUUAUCUCCCUCUUAUUUGAUUCCCCCCUCUCUCUGGCUCUGUCCCACCACUCUUUUCCUCCCUCUCUUUCUCUCCUCAUUUUCUCUAUUCUUCACUUCCCUCUUUCUCUACCGCCCCAAUCAUCACCUAGAUCCUGGGAGUGUUGAUCAGAUCUCUAGAGGCCCAUCCCAAGCCCUUUUAGUUUUCACGUCCCUGGUCUCAGAAAUAGAAUUUGCUCAACGGAGAGAGAAAAAGAGAGAGAGGUGGGAUUUCCCCCCCUCCAUCCCUCCCUCUCUCCAUUCCCUCGCUCUGUUCUCCAUUCUUCUGAGACCACUCCUGUCUCAUUGUCGGUGGUAGCCAGCAGCCAUGUCACAGCACAGAGCUGAUAUGUGGCUGGAGUAGGCAGGGAAUAGGUUUAUUUGACCUGGGGGGGAGCUCCUUUUUUUCAGACUGUGGUAGGGAGGGAGAGAAGGAAAACAUGUCCUUUCUGUCCUUGGCUAAGAGCAUGGCACUUUACCUUGAGGCGCUUCAGCAAAUAUCAAAUGUUGCAGGUUAAUAAUAUGUAAGCUAUUUAACGCUGCCAUCCUGUCCAAGGGUUCUGCUCUGCUCGCUUGAAUAGAGACUCAGGGGUUUGUUGGCAGAGCUUCUUUUAGAUUAAUGCGAAAUGGAGUGUACCGAUGUGGAAUACUGCGAGACAAAGAGCUGAAUAAGGCCAAGUGGGGUUGCAUUCAGGCCUUCUAGCGCUUCUGUGUGGAUUUAUUUGACCGUGGUCAUUAUCACUCAUUGGACUUAGUUAGUUUGUUACCUGGACGAGGGCCACACGACACAAAAUCAAACAAUUAGUUAGAGACUAGUGCGUCAUCCUAGGUCGUCAUGAAGUUGCCCCUAGAUACUGGUAUAAGAUCAGUUUGGCAUUUUUACUCUUAAAGGUUAAGGCUAGGAUUUGGGGAGGGUACUCUGAUCCUAGAUCUGUGCCUAAGGGCAACUCCUAUCCGGAGCUUAUAGGUCGAUAUUUAGGUGCUUACACCUCAGCUCAGCACUGUCCCUGGUGUGUAAUAGCUUCUGGUAUGAGAGAUUUAUAGGUGAAUUUACUCUGUGUUUUACUCCUCAGUCCUCCCUAGGCUGAUUUAUAGAGCAAAGAGGAUAAUGACCUCCACAUAUAUACCGCAUCAUCAUCACACCAUCUCCUCCCCUCUGGGUCUGUGCUUUCCUCCUUUACUGUAGGGUCAGGCAAGGCGGCCAUGUUGCUAGGCUUAUCUUUAAGACCUUCUGCUGCUAUGAACAAAACACUCAUUGACCUGACGCUGCUGUAAAUCCUGCAAGGAGUAUAGGCCCAAUCACAGACACUGUGUUUAGUGUGUAUGUGUGUGUGUGUGUGUGCCUGUGUGUGUGUGUGUAUACAUGUGUGUUUUUUGCACCCUUUUAUCCAGCCUUCAUCUGUUUGGCCCAAGUUGAGCAGACGGUUGGUGUGAUUUGUGAUGUUAUGGUCGGGUAAACAGCGGUGUAUGUUGUUGCCAUGGCGUCCCAGUGGCAGUUCUCUGUAAUGGCGACACCUCCCAGUGGCAGUUAGAUAGGACUCAGGUGUGUCAUUUAAGAUUAGAGGUUUAUCAGGGUAGCACAACCAUUGUGUACACACACACACACACACACACACACACACACACACAGUCAAAACCCUUCCUGUCUGCCCUAUUUCAUUUUAGACUAGAAUGCAUUCAUAAGCACACACUCACACAUGCACACACACACACACACACACACACACACAAUCAUACACUCAUACACUCAAAACCCUUCCUGUCUGCCCCAUUUCAUUUUCUCUUUCUCAAUGGGAUAAAGAGGAUGCUGUUCUAUCAAGAUUACCUGGUACAUGUGCAUAUUGGAUAAAGCUGCCGUGCUUUCCUUUCCAAUAUGUAGUGAAUACACAUGGCAAACCUGAGGGGGUUUAGAAACAGGUGUUCCCUAAUCCAAAAUAAAGCAGAUGUAUUGCUAUUUGCUCUCACUUCUCUGGAGUUGAAGGAGAAAGCCUGUGGUUCUGGGAAGACUGGGAACCAGAAUGUGUGAGGCUGUGUGUGUGUGAGACUUUGUGAGCGAGGCUGUGUGUGUGUGUGUGUGUGUAAGGCUAAGUGUGUGUGAGGCUGUGUGUGUGUGUGUGUGUGUGUGUGUGUGUGUGUGUGUAAGGCUAAGUGUGUAUGAGGCUGUGUGUGUGUGUGUGUGUGUGUGUGUGUGUGUGUGUCAGAGUAUGUGAGCGGAGUUGAGCGGUCGGAAAUCCCGCUCCUCGCUCAAAGGAAAAAGAACUGCCACUCCAUUCAUUAAAAUCACAAUUUAACCAACACCCAUCUAUUUUUGUGACUACCUGGACCUACCAUUUGGUUUUGAAGUAUUGAAACCAAACCAUAUGAUUUGAAUGAAAAGUAGCCUAUUUUAAUAAACAACAGGAAAAGGUGACUGUGAGAAGCGCUCAUCAUUUCAAAUAAGCUACAUGUCGUAUUAAACAGCAUAAAAACACUCUAAAUAGGUCAGGAGCCAGACGGGUAGCCUAAGAAGGAACGAAAAUGAAUUAUUUAGGCUAUAUUAUUUCAAGGCUAUAGCCGACAAAAAAACAAACAUUGUGAAGCAUUUGCAGGUGCGACACACUAGGCUGGCAGGGACAUUAAGCGCUCAGCAUUUAAACAAAAUGUUGUUGUAUUCAAUCAUUAUAGUCUAUAAAUUGCACAUAUAGGCUGUGACUUACUUAGAAUUCAUUACAAAUUAAACGGAAAAUGCCUUAUUAGGCUCCAUCUACAGUGCCUUUGAAUUCAUUUUUAGAAACAUGAGUUUGUCCAGUCUGUGGCUUCAGGCUCAUGCGAUGGUGCAUGGAGAGCAGGCCAGCAGCGGAGAAUACCCUCUCAGCGCUUGCAGAGCAACUGGGAAUGCUAAACUCCCUUCGGGCCACUCUUGCCAGGCUGGGCAGGGAUGCGUAGUUGUUUUUAGUUUUUUCUGUAGGUAGGCCUAAAGGAUUUUAUAACCCUAUCAAAACGGAAAGCUCCUUGAAAUAGGUAAUAUGUCAGGCCUACCUACAGGUAGAUCAGGGCUGCCCAACCCUCUUCCUGGAGAUCUACUGUCCUGUAGGUUUUCAGUCCAACCCUAAUUUAGCGUAUCUGAUUCAGCUAGUGAAGGUCUUGUUGAGCAGCUAAUAAGUAGAAUCAGGUGUGUUAAAUUAGGGUUGGACUGAAAACCCACAGGACGGUAGAUCUCCAGGAAGAGGGUUGGGCAGCCCUGGUAUAGAUAAUAGAAUGAAAAUGAACUAAACUUUUUAAGAGAUCUGAUUUUUAGUUUAUAAAUACUUUUCUACAAUAACGCACUGAGCUAGCUACCUGUUAGCAUAUGCACGUACUAAGUACACCAUCAUGCUUUUGGGAUACCUGUCUUUUCAGAUUCCACAAUGAUUCUUUAGUUGUGGAUACUACAUCACCGCACUCUUGCUCUUGGUCCUCCUCAUCUUUGUUCACCUGUGUGUUUGAUCAGUUUCUUUAUGAAAAUAUGUAGCAUACUAGAUGACAGUAGCUAAAGCGAGGGGCUAUAUCAGCACACAAGUAGACUGCAAAUGCAUGCUGGGCCGGGCAUGCCCUGAGCUCGUGAAGGGAGCACUACUGGAGCGAAAUCGGAGCGAGCGAGAAGGCCGACGCUCCAGCCUUUGGGAAGCUCGCUCCACGCUCCAGUCAAAUUGGGCAGGCUCCACUCCUCGCUCCGCUCCAGCUCUGCUCACAUACUUACAUUUACAUUUAAAUUUACAAUUUUAGUCAUUUAGCAGACGCUCUUAUCCAGAGUGCAUACAUUUUUUUAAUUUUUUAUACUGGCCCCCCGUGGGAAACGAACCCACAACCCUGGCGUUGCAAGCGCCAUACUCUGGUGUGUGUUUGCGAGGCUGUGUGUGUGUGUGUGAGGCUGUGUGUGAGGCUGUGUGGGUCAGAAUAAAACAUCCUGUUGUCAAGGGAGACAGAUGCUCCCUUCAUGAUAUCUCAGCUAGAGCAGAGAGAAGAGAAAAACGCAUUAGGAACCACAGAUCUCUCUCAGAUAGCUGGUAAGUAGCCUAGAAGACCUUGGUCUCUAAUGAGAGCAAUGCACAGGGCAUGCAUCAUGGUAUUACAAUCACUGAUUAUAUUACUGGCGAUGUGUGAUUAAUAAGUGUCAUCAGUGUCGCAGAGCCUCUAAUUUCAGACAUAUUAAAUGUAAAUUAAUUAUGGUAAAUUAACUAAAUGAAAUCUCGGAUUAAUUCCAUUAAAAAACAAAUGACUGUUUAAUCGUAAUCUAAUUGAAUUAGCGUUUCAAAUUAUAGUGAGAUUAUUCCUGCUGCCUGCAAGAACUCUCUCUCUCUCUCUCUCUCUCUCUCUCUCUCUCUCUCUCUGUCACUCUCUACCUCUGUCUCUCUGUGUCUCUCUCCCUCUGUCUCUCUCUGUCUCUCUGUCUCUCUCUCCCUCUGUCUCUCUCUGUCUCUCUGUGUCUCUCUCCCUCUGUCUCUCUCUGUCUCUCUGUCUCUCUCUCCCUCUGUCUCUCUCUGUCUCUCUGUCUCUCUCUCUCCCUCUGUCUCUCUCUGUCUCUCUGUCUCUCUCUCCCUCUGUCUCUCUCUGUCUCUCCCUAUCUCCUUUCCAGACAAGAGCUCAUCAUUAGAUAUGGAGUCUCAGCCCUAGUAAUUUAUUUCAUUGGGUUAGGUGUUUAAUUCUUAGUGCCACUAUCAGGCGUGUUCCAAAUGAUCCUGUCUGGUCUGGUCUGGGCUGGUCUGUGGAUAUAAUUAGAGAUAGAUUUAAUAGAGAAAGAGAUGAGAUUGGCCAGAUCCUGAACCAUUAUCUCAACAUGAUGGAAAUAUGAAUUCUCACCUUCUUCUUCUUCAUCUCUCUCUCUCUCUCUCUCUCUCUCUCUCUCUCUCUCUCUCUCUCUCUCUCUCUCUCUCUCUCUCUCUCUCUCUCUCUCUCUCUCUCUCUCUCUCUCUCUCUCUCUCUCUCUCUCUCUCUCUCUCUCUCUCAUGACAUCUUACUCACCUGUCCAUGAGUUACACUAUUGAAACAUUAUCUUUUCUCCUCCCCCCACAGACCAAGAGCUCCUGGAGGACAUCAUGAUUGACAGCUGCUUUUAUCUCUCUCAGCCAAUGGUGAGUGAAAAUAGAGCUUUACCCAGGAAGGAGGAAGUUCUAGAUAUGUUUCAACCGGUUUGGCUUUCUGUAACUAACUUCCUGACUCUACAGCGGUACUUCAGAGCUCUCAAUAUUCAUGUCCUGCUGUUCUCCUUUUGUACAAACUCUUUGUUCAGCUCCGGUUGCUUUUCAUACCACUAAUCUGUAACUGUGAUACCGAUUACUAUAUUGAUAUUACCCCUUUCAUCACAUCACAAAGCAAUUUGUGUCACGUUAACUCCCCUAAUUAACGCAAUCACUCCCUUUGGUGCCGCACAUAUGAGAGAACCAGGAUAAAUCGGAUAGUCGGAUGUUUGUUGCUUUAUUGCUUUUCUCAAACAAAAACACUCCAUUAGUGAUGAGAUCAGGAUGCUAUACGUGGCAACCUGGGCUACCCAGUGCUGUGUCUGCGUGCUCGCCGCUCAGCGGGUCUGAGUGUAUUCUGGUCGAUACGUAUCCCUCCUCUGUCUGUCUCUGGGAGUGGCUGUCUGGUCUGUGAGCCCAAUACAAUCAGCUGUGCACUGUGUAGACGGAAAGUGAAGGUUCCCACGACAGCCAUGAACCGAGAGGUAGUUACACUGUAAAACAACGCCUCGCUACUCAACGCCUCGCUACUUCCGUAUAUCAAGAUUGGCGUCUGGGUGGGGAUUUGAGUGUACUUUUGCCCCGGUCUAGUUUAGAGAAACAGGCUUGUGAUUUUAAAAUAGAGAUGUCGGAGAUGGUAAUGUGAGGGCAAACUGGAAUGCAUUUAGAAGCACACACGCACGCAUGCGCCAAGCAUGCACACACGCGCACACACACACACACACACACACACACACACACACACACACACACACACACACACACACACACAUACACACACAUACACACACACACAUACACACAUACACACAUACACACAUGACACACACAGACUUGCAGUAGUACCUGUGUAAAAUAUGGCCUUGCCUGGAAUGAAUGGGUCUUUCCAUGGUGAGGUGGCAGGUCGUUAUUCUGCAUCCCACCAGGAGACAAUAAAGGCCAGACACAAGGAGGCUCUCUUUAGAACGCACUCUCACCUCAUUUUACACCCCUGGCAUCUAUAAAGUUCAACCUUGACAGAAAGAGAAGGAGAGAGGUGCCGAGGGAGAACUAAGAAGGAGAGAGAUGGGGAUAUAAAAAACAGGUGCUAUCUAGAACCUAAAAGGGUUAUUCGGCUGUCCCCAUAGGAGAACCCUUUGAAUAACCGUUUUUGUUUCCUGGUAGAACCAUUUUGGUUCCAGGUAGAACUCUUUUGGGUUCCAUGUAGAACCCUUUCCACAGAGGGUUCUACCUGGAACCAAAAAGGAUUCUACCAGGAACCAAAAAGGAUUCUCCUAUGGGGACAGCCGGAGAACCCUUUUGGAACCCUUUUUUCUAAGAGGGGAACUAAAGUCUGGAGUGUAUUUGAUUGCAAUGGAGAGAGAAAUGUAGCUUAGAUCUCACUGCGACUGGAAAUAGAGUGAAGUGACCAUGCAGUGACCAGAGAGACAAAGCAUAGGAGGUGAACUGACGCAGUAAAACUGCACAGUAUUCUCCUGACGAUAGAUCAUGCAUAGCAGCGACCUCUGUAUUUGUAGACCUCAUCAUUUUAUAAUGACUUUGUCCAUCACAUCCAUCACAGCCAGUGUUCAGCUGGUGUUAUGAUGAGUUUCUCGGGUGUUCAAGUAAUCAAGGAUGCAAGAAUAUAGUUAGACACUUUGUAGAAAGUUAAUGCAAAUGUUUAAUGAUCGGUACCGGGUUCGUUACAACAAUGACCAGAGCUUUGCCCUUGUUGUUACGAACUAACUUGAACAAAGGAAACACUCUACCUUAUAUACCUUCUAUUACCCUCUUCCUGGCAUACAUCUGGUAAGUCUCCAUGGGCACUCCCUGUCUUUGAUGUUCAUCACUCUUUACCCCAAGUCAGUAUCCUGCCCAUCACUCAUGCUAUCCCAAACAUCAAAUCAAAUCAAAUCAAAUUGUAUUGGUCACAUGCACCAAAUACAACAGGUGCAGACAUUACAGUGAAAUGCUUACUUACAGCCCUUAACCAACAGUGCAUUUAUUUGUAACAAAAAAAGUAAAAAUAAAACAACAACAAAAAAAGUGUUGAGAAAAAAAAGAGCAGAAGUAAAAUAAAAUAACAGUAGGGAGGCUAUAUAUACAGGGGGGUACCGUUGCAGAGUCAAUGUGCGGGGGCACCGGCUAGUUGAGGUAGUUGAGGUAAUAUGUACAUGUGGGUAGAGUUAAAGUGACUAUGCAUAAAUAAUUAACAGAGUAGCAGCAGCGUAAAAAGGAUGGGGUGGGGGGGCAGUGCAAAUAGUCCGGGUAGCCAUGAUUAGCUGUUCAGGAGUCUUAUGGCUUGGGGGUAGAAGCUGUUGAGAAGUCUUUUGGACCUAGACUUGGCACUCCGGUACCGUUUGCCGUGCGGUAGCAGAGAGAACAGUCUAUGACUAGGGUGUCUGGAGUCUUUGACAAUUUUGAGGGCCUUCCUCUGACACCGCCUGGUAUAGAGGUCCUGGAUGGCAGGAAGCUUGGCCCCAGUGAUGUACUGGGCCGUACGCACUACCCUCUGUAGUGCCUUGCGGUCGGAGGCCAAGCAGUUGCCAUACCAGGCGGUGAUGCAACCAGUCAGGAUGCUCUCGAUGGUGCAGCUGUAGAAUUUUUUGAGGAUCUGAGGACCCAUGCCAAAUCUUUUCAGUCUCCUGAGGGGGAAUAGGCUUUGUCGUGCCCUCUUCACGACUGUCUUGGUGUGUUUGGACCAUGAUAGUUCGUUGGUGAUGUGGACACCAAGGAACUUGAAGCUCUCAACCUGUUCCACUACAGCCCCGUCGAUGAGAAUGGGGGCGUGCUCAGUCCUCUUUUUUUUCCUGUAGUCCACAAUCAUCUCCUUUGUCUUGGUCACGUUGAGGGAGAGGUUGUUGUCCUGGCACCACACGGCCAGGUCUCUGACCUCCUCCCUAUAGGCUGUCUCAUCGUUGUCGGUGAUCAGGCCUACCACUGUUGUGUCGUCGGCAAACUUAAUGAUGGUGUUGGAGUCGUGCCUGGCCAUGCAGUCAUGGGUGAACAGAGAGUACAGGAGGGGGCUGAGCACGCACCCCUGAGGGGCCCCCGUGUUGAGGAUCAGUGUGGCAGAUGUGUUGUUACCUACCCUUACCACCUGGGGGCGGCCCGUCAGGAAGUCCAGGAUCCAGUUGCAGAGGGAGGUGUUUAGUCCCAGGAUCCUUAGCUUAGUGAUGAGCUUAGAGGGCACUAUGGUGUUGAAUGCUGAGCUGUAGUCAAUGAAUAGCAUUCUCACGUAGGUGUUCCUCUUGUCCAGGUGGGAAAGGGCAGUGUGGAGUGCAAUAGAGAUUGCAUCAUCUGUGGAUCUGUUGGGGCGGUAUGCAAAUUGGAGUGGGUCUAGGGUUUCUGGGAUAAUGCUGUUGAUGUGAGCCAUGACCAGCCUUUCAAAGCACUUCAUGGCUACAGACGUCAGUGCUACGGGUCGUCAUUUAGGCAGGUUAUCUUAGAGUCCUUGGGCACGGGGACUAUGGUGGUCUGCUUGAAACAUGUUGGUAUUACAGACUCAGUCAGGGACAUGUUGAAAAUGUCAGUGAAGACACUUGCCAGUUGGUCAGCACAUGCUCGGAGUACACGUCCUGGUAAUCCGUCUGGCCCUGCGGCCUUGUGAAUGUUGACCUGCUUAAAAGUCUUACUCACAUCGGCUACGGAGAGCGUGAUCACAUAGUCAUCCGGAACAGCUGGUGCUCUCAUGCAUGCUUCAGUGUUGCUUGCCUCGAAGCGAGCAUAGAAGUGGUUUAGCUCGUCUGGUAGGCUUGUGUCACUGGGCAGCUCGCGGCAGUAAUAAUCCUUUGACAUAAUGGAAUGCAGACUUCCUGUCUCCUAACCACUUAUCUAGUAACUCUAACCUGUUCCCCACGAUACUAUGACAUGACAUCAUUAUACCAUAAAAACAUCAUAUCAGCUGGCCAGUGUCCAGUGUUCAGCUGGCCAGUGUCCAGUGUUCAGCUGGCCAGUGUCCAGUGUUCAGCUGGCCAGUGUCCAGUGUUAAGUGGUCAGUGUUGGGUGUUAAGGCCUGAUGUCACAGCAUAACAGCAGGGGUGACGCAACAACACAACAGACUUGUUUACUUCCAGCCACGGGAUGCUGUUGCCAGGCAACCCCGGACGACCGGGGGAAUUUAUCUCUUUCCCUCGGGUUUAACCUUGGUAGAGGGCAAGUGAUGCUGGAGGGAGGGAGAGAGGAAUGCAGUGAAAUGAGGGGGAGAGAGGGAUGGACCCAGCACCUGUUUCUGAUAUCGACCUUUCCAAAAUCUGAUUAUAAGCCCGUGAGUGAAUAACGAGCUGGUGCUUUAGACUAGCAGUUAGCGUUAGCCUAGCGUAGCGUCUCGCCCCAUUAGCCUUACAGCGAUGCCAUGGCAAUCUGUUGGUGCCGAGCAACACCAUCUGCCACUAAUGUGAUCUGUGUCCCUCGACCCCGGAGGGAGAAAGAGAGAGAGAGGGAGGGAGGGAGAGAGAGGAAGAAAGGGGUGGGAUAGAGCGAUGGAGGGAUAGAGUGAUAGAACGUGAAAGUAUGAGCAAGAGAGGGUGAUAAGCUGGUGGUAGAGAUAGAGUGUGAGAGGGAGAGAUGGAGUGCGUCUUCCUGCUGUGUUUAAUUAAGAGGUAGGAACCAGGUCCUGGCAGGGCGUCCCAAAGCUGCUCCACCACCCUACCUCUGCCUCUGUGGAGGACUGGGGACUGCUGGGUACCUGCCCAAAACACCCAUAGGAGCUACACGACUUUGUCAAUCACUUAGCCUAAUCAAUAAAUCCAUCAAACUGCCUUCACUGUUCCCUUGAUGUUAUUGCAGAUGAAAGUGAUAUGAUCUCUAAGGGGGCGACUGUGAUGAGACACAGGGUUUCUGAAGGUAGUUACUGUGUAUAGCAGUAUUGAAUUAUCCUUACUGUCUAAGCGAUCUCUGGGGUUUGAUGAUAAAGAAUGUUGAUUGUUGAACCGUGUCAAUUCGUUCUAUUCUCUCUCUAUGUUCAAUCUAGUGUAGGCAGGUAACUGUUGAAGAAUAACUGCUUUAUCCAUUCUAUGCUGUAUCUGUUGUUUUCUCUCUUUGGCUGAUUUUGCAGGUAGUUGACUGUUAGAGCGUGACAUUUCUAUCCAUAGAUACUCUGGUGCUGUUGAUUGUUGAAGCAAAACUUCUCUCUCUAUCCAUCCCAACUCUGCUGUGCUUUCCGUUUCUUGACAGUAUACAGUUGCCUUUUGAAGUGUGUUUGAUCUAUGGAUUCUAACUCUACUCUGUGUUCUUUCUCCAGCCUGAUGACCAGAUGAGUCUGGUGGCGGUGAUGCUCUACGACUUCCAGGACAGGAAGUUCCUCCCUCGGGAAUGCCAGGGGGAGGAGCUUGUACAGGAAGUCAGGGAGGUGGAGAACUGCCUCCUCAGGUAAGAGGGAAAGGGGUGGGGGGGGGUGUACUGUAUGUGUGUCUGUGUGUUGUUGUGGUAGGUGGCUGAUGGGUAUGAGUGACUGUUGGAAUAAGAUUCCAUACUGUACGUGUGGUUGGGUGAUACACUCUUCAGUUCUCAGCAAAACACCAUCUCUUCCCGUGUGUGUUGUAGGUUUAAGACCAAGCUGGCAGCCUCCCUGGCUCGCAGUAGGAUCAAACAUGACCUCCUGACCAUCGACUGCAUCCUCCCUGAGGCUGUAAGGAAGAAACAGGAGAGAGCCAACAGGCUGCCCCUCUACGCAUGGGUCAACACACUCAAAAGCAGGUCAGCACACACACACACAGAUGGCACACACACACACACACACACACACACACACACGUAUGCACACACACACACACACGUAUGCACACACACACACAUGUAUGCACACACACAUAGGUCUGAGGUUGUGGGUGUUGAACAAUGGUUUAUGAUCCAGUUGCCAUGCAGACAUUUCAUUAAACCAUAGUCUGUGUGUGUGUGUGUGUGUGUGUGUGUGUGUGUGUGUGUGUGUGUGUGUGUGUGUGUGUGUGUGUGUGUGUGUGUGUGUGUGGUGUGUGUGUGUGUGUGAGAACGGAGGAGAGACAUAGAUUAUAUAUUUAUUUGUCUGUUUUUCACAGAUAAAUGCUUUACGUACAAGAAAACGCACUGUGAGAGAGUGAGAGACAUGGCAUAGUCCAGACAACAUCAAACAUACAAAUUCAUGAAUAACUAAACAAAAAUGACAGCUUAAGGACUCUUACUCCUCUCUUCACCAUUACAAUAACUGUGCCCCCCAAUACACUCAAUAUAACACAUCCCCAUAAUGUCCAAUGUCCCUGAGCAUUGCGCAUAAUGUUAUUGCACAACCCUAUAAUUGCAAUAUCCAUGAUUCCAUGAUUGUUUUACACAGUUACAUUAACUUAUCACUUUUAACAAUUGCACGUUCCCGAAUGAGUGAGUCCUCCUUAUUGUUCAAAUGGUUUUUGUACCCGACCAGUUUACACUUGGGAGUCUGUAGUGCUUUCUGGAUAGCAGGAGCACAUGGGAAGAGUCCUCUGCUAUUUUGUUUGCCAUCCUCAGCAUGUUUUUGUGGUAGCUGUCCAGAAAGGUUCUGUUGGUGGGCUUGCCAAUUAUUAUUUUACGCAGUUCUCAGCAGACUUGUCACCCUGGCUUUUGCCCGUACUGUGACACUGUUGUACCAUGAUGCAGUGCGGCGAACCGCUCUGGAUUGUGGAGCAUAAUAAAAGAUAGCAAUACGAACAUACACUGAGUAUACCAAACAUUAGGAACACCUUCCUAAUAUUGAGUUGCAUCCCCCCCCCCCCCCACAAGGAAGCUGGCCCAUGUUGACUCCAAUCAGGGGCACAACUUUGGUUUUCAUUGUUAUAAUUAUAUAUUUUUUUAAUCCAGUCGGAUAAACAUUCCAAAUAGCCUACCCGACCGCUCGGAGGUGUCCGCAAGCACACCGUUGCCUCGUUUUGUAUCACAUUCUGGGGGGGACAAAAAUGCAAUUUCAGAAUGUGGGGUGGGACAUGUCCAAUGCUUCCCACAGUUGUGUCAAGUUGGCUGGAUGUCUUUGGGUGGUGGACCAUUCUUGAUACACAUGGGAAACUGUUGAGCAUUGCAGUUCUUGACACCUACUACCAUACCCCGUUCAAAGGCACUUCUAUCUUUUGUCUUGCCCAUUCACCCUCUGAAUGGCACACAUACACAAUCCAUGUCUCAAUUGUCUCAAGGCGUAGAAAUCCU